AUAUAUAUAUAUAUACACACUACAAGUAUAUUCUACUAGUAUUAUGAUUUGACCAAUUAAACGGGGGAAGGGCGCCGGCAAUAGCCGUCUCCUGGAGCUGAAAUUCAAACCAAGCAAACACGCCAUUUAAAGAUGGCCCUAAUUUCUUCCAUCCCCAUAUAUGAAUCUGAUACGUUCUUCUUCCUCUCAUUCCUUCCUCCUCCAAAAUCUCCAACUCCGGAACCCUCUCUCCCUCAUUUGUACUGCUACUAGCUUCAUAAUUAGCACUGCUAGUAUUCCUUUAUAAUACUAUACUGCUACUGCUAUUAGUGGUUUAUUAUCCUGUUCUCAUCAUCAUCAAAUCAUCUUCCGGAUGAUGAUGCCUUUUCCCUGUCGCUCCCGCACCAUCAUUUCUCCAUCGUUUGGCAGAUGAGGAGUUUGCCCUCUUCCUCCGUCGCUCUCACCCUUCUUUACUUUCUCCAUUUUAGCUCGUCUUUAAUUUCCCGGCAAUAACAACCCAACCCCCCCUUUUUUUUUCCUCUUCUUUUUCUUCUUCUCCUUCGUAAUUAUCGUUAGGCACAAAUCAUACGCGUCAUCAACCAUGUUUUUUCUAAAUCCAAUUUUAUUCUUGUUGAUAAUCGUAGUCCCCUUUUUAAUCUUUAGAUUCUUGUCCAGAACAUCCAUUCUGCAUAUCGCGAACAAUUGGUGGCGGACUUUGGCUGACAAAUUUUACGUGUACCAGUUGUACAGAGUUCCCCAAUUCAACGACCACAUGCAGGAAAAUCAACUCUACCGAAAAGUUCACACCUACCUCAGUUCUCUCCCGGCCGUCGAGGACUCCGACUUCACCAACCUCUUCUCCGGUGCCAAACCCAACGAGAUCAACCUCGUCCUCGACCCCAACCAGAUCGUCCUCGACAAUUUCCUCGGCGCUCGAUUGUUCUGGAUUAACCAGAAAUGCGACGGGUCUGGGUUGAAAUCGCUGGUUCUCAAGAUCAGGAAGUCCGACAAGCGCAGAAUUCUGCGCCCCUACCUCCAGCAUAUCCAUACGGUCUUCGAGGAACUCGAACAGCGAAAGGAUGUCAAACUUUACAUCAACGUCGAUGACGAGCCGCAGAGAAACGGACGGUGGAGGUCGGUUCCCUUCACGCAUCCGGCGACGAUUGACUCGGUCGUGAUGGACUCGGACUUGAAGAACAAAGUCAAGUCGGAUUUAGAAUCCUUCCUCAAGUCCAAACAGUAUUAUAACCGAUUAGGCCGGGUUUGGAAGCGGAGUUAUCUCCUCUACGGGCCCUCCGGUACCGGGAAGUCCACAUUCAUCGCUGCGAUGGCCAAGUUCCUCUCCUACGACGUCUACGACGUCGACCUGUCCAAAAUAUCGGGCGACUCUGAUUUGAGGUCGCUGCUGCUGCAAACGACGAGCAAGUCGCUAAUCGUGAUGGAAGAUCUGGAGCGCCAUCUGACGGGGAAAUCAACGGCGGUGAGCUUGUCCGGGAUCCUCAACUUCAUGGACGGCAUAGUCUCGUGCUGCGGCGAGGAGCGCGUGAUGGUAUUCACAGUGAACGGCAAGGAUCACGUUGAUCCCGCGAUUCUGAGGCCCGGGAGGAUAGAUGUUCACCUGGAGUUCCCUCUCUGCGAUUUCAACGCCUUCAAAAGUUUGGCCAACAGCCAUUUGGGUGUGAAGGAGCACAAGCUUUUCCCUCAGGUGGAAGAGAUGUUCCAAAGCGGGGCGAGUUUGAGUCCGGCCGAAAUUGGCGAGCUUAUGAUUGCCAACCGGGCCUCUCCCAGCCGGGCCUUGAAAUCCGUAAUAUCCGCGCUGCAGAAUAACGCGGACACCAAGUUAGCUGGCAGGGUGUCGCGCAACGGGUCGGUUCGGUCAGCGGAGGAAUCCGGCGACUCGGGAAUAUUGUGUAAAGACGCCGGUGUUUCCACCGUCAAGGAGUUUCGGAAAUUAUAUGGAUUCUUGAGGAGGAGUCGAAGGGAAUCCGCAGAUUUGGAUGACAAGGAAAGGGAAAUUGGUCGACAAGAAAGUUGAGUCGUGCCCACCCGUCCACCAAUCAAACUACACCAAAUCAGAAAACCCCGUUUAAAGUUUCAGAAGAGUAGUCUGUCUUUCUCUCGCUGUUGUGCUCAAUAGUCCAGUAAAGAUAUUUUUGGCUUUUUCUCUCCCCUUUUCCUAUCUUCCUUCCAUAGUAUAGUUAGCAUUUGGGGGAAAAAAUACUACUGCUGUAGUAUAUUUAAUUAGCACAGCGUUAAUGUUUAGCGGGAAAACUUCCACAGGAUACUACAGUAACGAUUGUUGUAGCAGUACAUAUAGAUCCAUUUUUAAGUAGCAUAGCAUUACAUUAA